AUGUUUCUCUUCUACGGUAUCUGGUGGAUUCUUCAGUUGAGCCGGGUUUAUUACCACACACGCUGGAAGCAUAUAGACUUUCGUUCGUCGCUCAUCUACCCUUGCAGCAAGCAAGGAUGCAAGCAGUCCGUCCAGAGUUGGAUCCAGUUGAUCCUCAUCCUCAUUGCUAUUUCGGUCAUUGUGACUGGCACCAGGCACCUCGACAGCCAAGGGAAGACCAAUAUGCAGAUGAUGCGCACAUGCAUAAUACUUUCUGCAUUUGGUGUCUCCUGCCUGGUUAACAUUACUGCACAGUUCUUUGCCAACAGUGUCCCGCCAGGCCUAGACUACUGCUUCUUCCUCUUUGCGUUUGUUGUUGAGGGCAUCUUGUUUGGCCAUUACGUGUUCAACGAGACAGAGUCGCUGUCAUCUGCCGCUGAGAAUCUAGUCACCUACUGUGCUGUCAUAACGGUUAUUGUGACCGUUUUAGAAUUGCACUACCAAAGUCAUGUCAUCUUUCCUUUCCUGCGGGCGUAUGUCACCUUUAUACAAGGCACGUGGCUUUGUCACAUGGCCCACAUAUUCUGCUCGCCAAGCCACUGGGAGACAAACACUGACAACGUUGAGGUUGUGUCUAUCUAUUUCGUUGUUCACAGCAUGACUGACUUUAUUGCAGUGUGCGUCAUCUGGUUGAUUGUUUAUCGGUUGGCACUCCACGACCGUUGUGGAUGCCUGCCAGUAAACUUAGAUAAAUCGAACGAGGUCUUCCUUGAAAAUCGAGUCCAUUUUGAUUACCACAUUCUUGAUAGGCUGGGCUCAGAUGCAGACUGA